AAUAAAAUUGUGAAAUUGUAAACAAUACAAUUUGUAUUCGAUAUUGGUUCUUUGUCUUUCCAGAAAGAUCAUAAUUCACAAUGUUGUGUUUAUUUUUCUUUUGAUUACUUCUACAUCUCAUCGAAGUCAAUUCGUUCCUCAUGUAUUCUUUUCUUUUUUAUGUUAUUUAAUUAGUUGUGGUUAAUACUGAGAAGACAUCAGCUUGCUCUUAUCCCGAGUUUUAUACCUUUAUUUCCUCAAUACUAGAUUUAAGAAAAUAUGUCGAGUCCUGAGCAAGAAAACAUUAUGAACAACAGCCAUUCACAAAAUCAAACCAUACAAUCGCCUCUUGAUGUUUCCCAUUCCUAUAGUGUUAACACAAUUUCAUCACUUCGAGAUUACAUUAUUUCUGAGGACCUGCUGGCUGGGCAGAGGUUAGAAGGCAGGAUGUCAAGUGUUAGAAGGUUUUUUUGUUUAUUUGUUACCUUUGACUUUCUGUUCACAUGUUUGAUGUGGAUAAUAUGUGUUAUGCUGAAUGGAGAAUACAUUAUAACAGCUUUACAAGAACAAGUGGUUCACUAUAAUAUUCAUACAUCACUAUUUGACAUAGUGCUGAUAGCUUCUUGUAGAUUCAUCAUGUUGAUAUUUUUCUAUGCUUUGCUUUACAUGAAUCACUGGUUUAUAAUAUCACUGUCUACAGCUUCUACCUGUGGGUUCCUCAUCACCAAAGUGUUCUUUUAUGAUUGGCCCCACUCAUCACAACCAGUUUUUGAGGUACUGUUAGUUCUGGCCUCAUUUAUUUUAGCCUGGGGGGAAGCAUGGUUCCUUGAUUUUAAAGUUAUACCACAAGAAACACAUGCCAACAGAUAUUUGAUCACAGAUACUGAGAGAACCCCUCUGAUAAGGAGUUAUGUUCAGGGGCUCCCUUCUAUGUAUACAGAGAGUAUUGGGAAUUUUUACUCUCCUCAAGGAUCACCAGAAGGUUCAAUGUUUAGGUUUGACCAAUCAGCCAAUGUUAGUACUUAUUUACCUGUGAAAUUUACUAAAGAACAGGAAGAUAAUUAUAAGAGAACAGCUUCAAAAGUGUUUCAUGAAGCAUGGGACCUAUUCAAAAGUAAAGACUGGAAACUUCAAAAACAAAAUGAGAAUGAUAGUUUUUUCUCAAGAUCAGAAUCAAAGGGAAAAAAAAUCUUCAAAGUCCAGGCUGAAAUCAGUGUAUCCCCUAGAUAUCUUCUUGAAGAACUUUUCUAUCAAGUCCAUGAGCUUCCAAAAUGGAAUCCUGCUAUCAAAGAAUCACAAAGAAUUCAGUCAUUGAAUGAACACACAGACAUAACUUACCAAGUCUCAAAAGAAGCUGCAAAAGGUUUAGUUUCCAGUAGAGAUUUUGUGAAUUUGAGGCAUUGGGCGGAAAUUGAGAAUGGUUACAUGAUUUCUGUCAGCAAAACUGACCAUCCUUCUAUACCAGUAAAUAAAAAAAUUGUUCGGGGAGAAAAUGGAGUAGGUUGUUUUGUAAUUGAAGAAACCAGUCAGACAGACAUAAGUAUGUUUCACUGGAUAAUGAAUACCAACUUGAAAAUAUGGAUUCCAAGUACAAUUCUAGAAAAGGAAGUAGCACAUAUGAUGUUCACUUAUAUCAAAGACUUACGUAACCAUCUAUAUUCAAAAAGGAGUGAUAGCUGGGUUAUAUAUUUUUUCCUGAAGAACAUGGGUCUGAAUUAUAUCAAGCGUUUUCAAGAAAUCCUUGAAGUGGUAAAAAUAAAUUGGUAAAAUAAUAUGAACCAAAUUGCAUGGUUGAAAAGAAAAUAGAUUUUUCAGUUUUCAUGUUUUCCAAAUGCUUGUAAUUUGAACAAUAUGGAAUCUGGCCCAUGUAGUUCAAUCAUCUGUCAGAAGAUUGUCAUAGACCUUGUAAAACACCCUGUGUUGCCUCAAUUUAAGCAAUUAUAAAUGGAAAAAAUUUGCUAGUUGUAUAGCAGAUGAAUAUUACAUAAAUUUCUCAUUUCUUUUAUUGAAUUUAUUACUGAAUCGCAUUAUUUGAUUGAUAUUUGAAACCAUGAAACUUUGUGGAUAUGCAUUUAAUUACUGAUACUUUAUCAUAAGGAACAUUGAAGAAAGACUGUGAUUCUCAAAAUAAAUAUAAGCAUAAUGUUAUUUUUAAAUGUUUUUAUUUAGUAAUAAACAACAAUAAU